UUAUUGGGUCAUAUGUCAUCGCAUCUGUAUCUCCGGCGCCCUGUCCUGAAAAGUGACAUGUUUUUCUGAUUUGAUGACAUUGUAGACACUAGCCGAAAUAUAUAAUUAUUCGAACUUAUAGCAGCUAACGAUGAGUGUCAGAUUAUAUUCGAUUUUAGGCAUCGUGAGUGCCGUAGCUACUGGUAUUGUACUGUGGUAUGUGUUGACUGAUCAGCUGUACAGACUAGAUUUUGGAUGGUUCCUAUUAGCGAUAGAGCCUUACAUGUGGGCUGAUGUGGGUGUGGGUUUGUCAAUAGCACUCUCUGUUGUAGGGGCAGCAUGGGGUAUUUUCACAACAGGAACGAGUAUUGUAGGAGGAGGUGUAAAAGCUCCCCGUAUUAGAACCAAAAAUCUCAUCAGCAUUAUUUUCUGUGAAGCAGUGGCCAUUUACGGUAUCAUCAUGGCAAUUGUUCUCUCGGGUCAAGUGAAGGAUUUUGGUACAAAUGAGCUUUCAGAAAAGACAAUGGCAAAUAAUUAUCUUGCAGGUUAUGCUAUCUUUGGUGCUGGUUUGACUGUGGGUUUUACCAAUCUAGCCUGUGGGAUCUGUGUGGGCAUUGUGGGUAGCGGAGCCGCCCUAGCCGACGCCCAAGAUGCCAGUCUAUUUGUCAAGGUCCUCAUCGUUGAGAUCUUCGGAAGCGCUAUCGGACUGUUUGGUGUCAUCGUCGGUAUCUUGCAGGCCAGCAAAUAUUCCUUUAAGAGUGAGGAUCUAGUCUGAACAACAAACAGAGAUUGCAGCAAAUCAUCUUAUUUAUACCAAAAUAAUAUUUCUUUAUCAUGUGGCUCAACCAUGUGAUCAUCCGUAUUGUCCUCAACAUUGUUAUAAUGGUUCCUGACAUAAAAGAGAAUUGGCUAAUUUUACGGUGCAUUUGGGUCUGAAAUAUAGCUCAAUCAUUUCUGAUUUUUUUUGUAUACCAUAUAUUGAAGAGGAUAAGAAAGUAAAGUUGUUGGACAGCCUUCUUGAAUUUUCUUCUUUUUUUUUUGUUCAAACAUUUAGCUGUCCAUUCUGAAUCCAGGUGUUUCUUAUAAGUAAGGUAACAGCCAUUUUUUUUGUGAAAUCCUAAAAAGCUUAAAGUUCUCAAAUAUAUGGAGUUUUUUUUAAACCUCUGCCACCAUACUACAUCAUAUUUGACCCAUUGGCCCAUCAUUCAGAAUGAUUUAUUUUGAAGCUUUGAUUUAAGACUGUGGUUUAUGCUUAUAUCACCAUGUGCAUUGAGCAAAUGUCUAAUAGAUCAUGCUAAUUGUAUUAAGAGGUUGUGAGGUUAAAGCGUCUUGUCACUAUAGUUUGAGCCUACUUUGUAUUUCAGUUGAUUAAAUAAAGACUGGACUCACUAAUUCUAAAUUUUAAGCCUGAAUUUAGUCACAUUUGACAAAAAUGCUAACCAUUAUUGGACCCUUUCUCAAUUAAUGCAGAAAAUUAAUCAUAAUUAUUGCACAAAAUUUGCAUUAAUCAUUUUUCAAACCCUGGUUUUGAAGCCCUUUUAUAAACUUGGACGUGAUGAUUUUGAGUUGUUCGAACUACUCUCGAGAGAGAGGUUAUCUUUCAUACGUGCUUGUGUAAUAACAAACCAUUCCAUGUAAAAUGUGGCAUAAUAUUUCAUUGUUUAUAGAAAUAGCAUGUUUAUUGAUAUGAUACUUAGAACCCUUUAAUAACAAAUAUGAAAUUAGUAGCCAAAAUAGUUGAGAUACAGGUGAUUGUUGUAUAGUCGUAAAAAAAAAUAGUGUACAUAUGUGAGAUAACUCAGUACUCAAAGUAAGAUAUAUAUGAGUUAUACAUUUGGUAUUUGCUAUAAAGCUCUAUUGUGAUAACUUUUGCCAAUGCCAAUGGAUUCGUUGUUCGGAAAGGUAGACAGUUUAUAUAAGAUUAUAUUUCAUGUUUCGUUGGAUGUUUAUGUAAUAGAUAUUUAUAUCUGAUAAGGAUUCAAAUAUGUGACUUGUAUUGUAAUUGAGAGACAUUAGGUUUUUUGCAUUAUGAUUUAUGAUUUGGUUAGUAUAUAUUUUGUGUAUACUUGUCAAUGGAUUGACGGGUUAUCAAUUAUGGUGAAUGUGAUAUGGCAUUGCAUGUAAUGGAUUUUAGGUUAUGAGUAAUUGGACGGGAAUAUUUACCUACUAUUAGUUUGUAAUCAGUGGAAAAUGAAAUUAUAUCAUGCAAAGCAAGAAUACUGUAAAAGCAACCAAAAACAGGAAUGAAAAAUGGAAAAUCACCCCACUUAUGUCACACUCAUAUAAUAUGUUAACCACAAUGAUAAAGACAUGAAAAUAACAUUUUUUAAAAUCUGGUUUGAAUUUAAUAUUCAGUAUUUUGCUUUUAAAAUUCUAUUCUCUUUAUGAAAUUCAUUUUAAUUUCAGGCUGGAGUACUCUUUCCCAAAAAAAUGACAUACCACUGCCUGGUUGGGACUGAGAAAGAUGGAUUAUUUAUUUCCUAUGCUCUCUAUAAUUUUUUUUUAAAACACAAAUGUUUAACUUUUCCUUCCAUAAGUAAGAUUAGAAGGGGUAGUGAAAUAGUUUUUAAAGAAAAAAAAGAGAUCACAUAAUUACAAAGUAAGGCUAGGAAUUAUGGCAAAUGACAAUUUCCAUUGCCCAAGUUAACUUCCUUAUUUCUAUUAUAAGUGUAUUUGAUGAAUGUAGACAAAGUCAUAUAUAAAUUUCAUCAUUAAAAGGGGUGAUACACCCGAGCUGACAUACCUAAGCUAUGUCAAGCUGUUCAUCCCUUUUCUUUAUAUCAAGAAUUGUUUUUUCUUAACACAAGUGAUUCUUCUUGUAAAGAAUUGAAUUCUUAGAAUGUUGUCUUGUAACAAAUCACAAUUCUUGAUAUUAAGUAUGGGAUGCUUGAUAGUAAAUGUGUGUAUGGGAGGCCACGUGUACAGUACGUUGGGAUAUCAUCAUGGUGUUGCAGCCCAUUUACAUUUAAACUGCAGUAUGGAUUCUUUGAGUUUCUCAAUGACAUGAUUGUAUUGUAUAUUCAAAUUGAGUAAUUAUUUUAUGAGGAGACUUGCAUAGAUUUAUUGAUAGGUGGACAAAUUAACAUGGUAAUUUUUACUUUGGCCAUUGUUUCUCUGUAGUAGGUAAUGAAUGAGCUGAGAAAGGGAAAUUGCAAUAUGAAUGUGUAAAUUGCUAGAAAUGACACAAAUUCUUCCCUAUAAAUUGUCUCGUCCAUUUAGAUAUUCAUGUAUAUGUAUGUUAUCCGUUAUGAAAAUGUGAUUGAAGCUUUAAUAAAAAGCAUUCUAUAUCUGUA